AAUAACGUCGGGUCGGGUCAGCGGGCGCUGCAGUAGUCGCCGCAGCGGCGAUGGGAGCGGUGGGGACCAGGCGGCGGCGGAGGCGGCAGGAGGAGGAGCAGGAGCUGGCACAAGAGCAGCGGCUGGGGGCGGCCAGCAGCAGCAGUAACAGCAGCAGCCGCCGCCGCCAGUAAACGCGGACGGUACCCGAGGGGACUACCCAGCCGGCCGGCCCUCGAAGCCGCGCUCGGGUCCCGCCGCACUGGGCGGCGGGGGAUGGGCAGGCGGCGGUCGUCCCGCUUGCUGAGGGUUGACCUCUGCCGGUCCCCGCCCUGAGCUGAACCCGAGCCCUCCGCCCGAAAUCCCUGCGUCCGCCACGGCCCAGGACUUUAUAUAUCUUUCUAUUUAUUCCUUCACUUCUUGGAGCAUUUUUAUAGUAGCUGCUUUAAUGUCUUUGAUAAGUCCCAGAUCUCUGUCAUCUUGGCAUUUACAUCUGCUGAUUUGUCCUUUCACAUGUUAAAUGGAAACCACCCUUGGGAGCUGGAUGCCUGUGUAGCCAUUCUAUCACAUCAGUGAAUUGCAAUGAGUGGAGGAGGCGAUCAGCCGGAUAUCCUCAGUGUUGGAAUCCUGGUCAAAGAAAGAUGGAAAGUAUUGAGGAAGAUUGGGGGUGGGGGCUUUGGAGAAAUUUACGAUGCCUUGGACAUGCUUACCAGGGAAAAUGUUGCACUGAAGGUGGAAUCAGCUCAACAACCAAAACAAGUUCUGAAAAUGGAAGUUGCUGUAUUGAAAAAACUACAAGAAACUGCAGAACACAAGCUGAAAGUUGAGAUGAAGGAAAACUAUUACAGAAGAUCAACUGCACCUCUUCUGCCUUCCCUGCUUGACGUCUCCAGCUACUGCUGGAAAGACCAUGUUUGUAGAUUUAUUGGCUGUGGGAGGAAUGAUCGAUUCAACUACGUGGUCAUGCAGUUGCAGGGUCGGAAUCUGGCGGAUCUACGCCGUAGCCAGUCCCGGGGCACAUUCACCAUUAGCACUACUCUUCGGUUGGGUAGACAGAUUCUGGAGUCUAUUGAGAGCAUCCAUUCUGUGGGAUUCUUGCACCGAGACAUCAAACCGUCAAACUUUGCCAUGGGUCGCUUUCCUAGUACAUGUAGGAAAUGUUACAUGCUUGAUUUUGGCUUGGCUCGACAAUUUACCAAUUCCUGUGGUGACGUCAGACCACCUCGAGCUGUGGCAGGCUUUCGAGGGACAGUUCGUUACGCAUCAAUCAAUGCUCAUCGGAACAGGGAAAUGGGAAGACAUGAUGACCUUUGGUCCUUAUUCUACAUGUUGGUGGAAUUUGUGGUUGGUCAGCUGCCUUGGAGAAAAAUAAAGGACAAGGAACAAGUGGGCUCUAUUAAGGAGAGGUAUGACCACAGGCUUAUGUUGAAACAUCUCCCUCCAGAAUUCAGCAUCUUUCUGGACCACAUCUCCUCUUUGGAUUAUUUUACAAAACCAGACUACCAGCUUCUUGCAUCCGUGUUUGACAACAGCAUCAAGACCUUUGGAGUAAUUGAGAGUGACCCUUUCGACUGGGAGAAGACUGGAACUGAUGGCUCCCUCACCACCACCACUACUUCUACCACUCCUCAGCUGCACACCCGCUUGACCCCUGCGGCAAUCGGAAUUGCCAAUGCCACUCCCAUCCCAGGAGACUUGCUUCGAGAAAAUACAGAUGAGGUGUUUCAAGAUGAACAGCUUAGUGAUGGAGAGAAUGGCAUCCCUGUUGGUGUGUCACCAGAUAAAUUGCCUGGAUCUCUGGGACACCCUCGUCCCCAGGAGAAGGAUGUCUGGGAAGAGAUGGAUACCAACAGGAAUAAGAUAAAGCUUGGGAUUUGUAAGGCUGCUACUGAAGAGGAGAACAGCCAUGGUCAAGCAAAUGGUAUUCUGAAUGCUCCAAGCCUCGGUUCACCAAUUCGUGUCCGCUCAGAGAUUACUCAGCCAGACAGAGAUGUUCCAUUGGUGCGAAAGUUACGUUCCAUUCACAGCUUUGAGCUGGAAAAACGUUUGGUGCUGGAGCCAAAGCCAGAUACUGACAAGUUUCUUGAGACUUGCUUGGAGAAAAUGCAGAAAGAUUCCAGUGAAGGAAAGGAAUCUGUUCUCCCUGCUCUGCUUCAUAAGCCUUGUGUUCCUGCUGUGUCCCGUACUGACCACAUCUGGCACUAUGAUGAAGAGUAUCUUCCAGAUGCUUCCAAGCCUGCCUCUUUCAACACCCCUGAGCAGGCAGAUGGUGGUGGCAGCAAUGGAUUUGUAGCCGUUAACCUGAGCUCCUGCAAGCAGGAGGUUGACUCCAAAGAAUGGGUGAUUGUGGAUAAGGAACAGGACCUUCGGGAUUUUAGGACAAAUGAGGCUUUAGGCCAUAAAACAACUGGAAGCCCUUCCGAUGAGGAACCCGAAGUCCUUCAAGUCCUAGAGGAAUCGCCUCAAGAUGAAAAGCUCCGAUUGGGUCCUUGGGCAGAAAAUGAUCAUUUAAAGAAGGAAACCUCAGGUGUGAUCUUAGCAGUUUCUGGGAAGUGCCCUGCCACUGCUGCUUCAGAACAAUAUGCAGAUAGGCUGGAACUCCAGGCUGGAGCUGCUAGUCAAUUUAUUGCAGUGACACCCACAAGUCCAAUGGAGGCACAAGCAGAAGGACCCCUUACAGCAAUUACAAUUCCUAGACGUUCUGUGGCAUCUACACAGUCGACUUCAGGUAGCUUUCAUUAUGGUCAGCUGCCAGAAAAGAAAGACCUUCAUCCCAUGGAGCCCACUGUGGAACUUUACUCUCCAAGGGAGAGCUUCUCUGGCUUGGUUGUGACAGAGCGCGAACCUCCUAGUGGAGGAAACAGAACAGACUUUGGGCUUCAGAUAGAUCAUAUUGGUCAUGACAUGUUACCCAGCAUUAGAGAGUGUGACAGCUCCCAAGACCUGGGACCAAAAGACCUUCCUGACCAUAACAGACUGGCUGUGAGAGAAUUUGAGGGUCUCCCUAGGGAAACGGAAGAGAAAAGCAUGCUUGUGGGGUCAGAUAAUGAAGAUGAGAAGUUGAGUAAAGGGCAGCCUUAUAUUGAGAUCUCCCCUCUCCCAGGAGACUUGGUGACGGUGGAAAGGGAUCACUCAGCUACUACUGAACCUCUUGAUGUGACAAAGACACAGACUUUUAGUGUGGUGCCAAAUCAAGACAAAACUCAUGAGAUAGUGAAGCUUUUGGCAGUUGGAACUUCAGCGAUAUCUCCACGAGUUAUUGACCAACAUGUUGAAGGACAGAUAGGCCAGGUGGCAGCAAUGCAAAAAGGUAAGAUAUCUAAGGAGGAUGACAUCAAGAGUGAAGACUUGCUGAGUCAUCAAGGAGACCUCUCUACUUUUUUGCACCAAGAGGGUAAGAGAGAGAAAAUUGCCCCUAGAAAUGGAGAACUAUUUCAUUCUGUUUCAGAGAGUGAACAUUGUCCUCCAUCUCAGAAGGAUGUGGUUAGGUCAUCCUUUGUAACUAGACACAGCCGAAUCCCUGUUUUAGCACAAGAGAUAGAUUCAACUUUUGAAUCAUCCUGUCCAGUCUCUGCAAAAGAGAAGCUCCUCCAAAAGAAAGCUUAUCAGCCAGAUCUAGUCAAGCUUCUGGUGGAAAAAAGGCAACUCAAGUCUUUCCUUGGGGACCUCUCAAGUGCCUCUGAUAAAUUGCUAGAGGAGAGAUUAUCCACUAUUCCUGCUCCUUUUUCUGAGGAGGAAGUCUUCACUCCCUUUUCAAGACUGGCUGUAGACUCACACCUGAGCAGGUCAGCCGAAGACAGCUUUCUGACACCCAUCAUCUCCCAGUCCAGAAAGAGCAAAAUUCCAAGGCCAGUUUCAUGGGUCAACACAGAUCAAAUCAACAGCUCAACUUCAUCUCAGUUCUUGCCUCGGCCACCACCAGGAAAGCCACCCAUGAGGCCUGGAGUAGAAGCCAGGCUCCGCAGAUAUAGAGUCCUAGGGAGUAGCAGUUCCGACUCAGACCUUUUCUCCCGCCUGGCCCAAAUUCUUCAAAAUGGAUCUCAGAAACCCCGGAGCACUACUCAGUGCAAGAGUCCAGGAUCCCCUCACAACCCAAAAACACCACCCAAGAGUCCAGUUGUCCCUCGCAGGAGUCCCAGUGCCUCUCCUCGAAGCUCUUCCUUGCCUCGCACAUCCAGUUCCUCACCAUCUAGGGCUGGACGGCCCCAUCAUGACCAGAGGAGUUCAUCCCCGCAUCUGGGGAGAAGCAAGUCACCUCCCAGCCACUCAGGAUCUUCCUCGUCCAGGAGGUCCUGCCAACAGGAGCACUGCAAACCCAGUAAGAAUGGCCUGAAAGGAUCCAGCAGCCUCCACCACCACUCGGCCAGCACUAAAGCCCCCCCAGGGAAGAGUAAGUCAGCCAGUAAACUCAGCAGAUAGGAGCUGGGCUGCAUCUCUGUGAAAG